AUGCGCCCCGCCAACAAUCUCAUGCGCGUGGACAAGUACUACAGGUCCGCUGACUUGCUGGACCGUCAGGCCCGCCAGUACAGGCGGCAGGCCAACGAGGAACAGCUGUAUGUGAUGCUCAUGCGGCUGGUGAGCCUGGUGGUGGAGACCAUCCCUCAGCACAGCGGCUUCCACCGUGAAGACCCCGUCUACCAGGCCCUGCGCAAGAUGUGCCUGUUCGAGGUCAUGCCGGAGCUGGAGCGAUUGAAGCUGAGCCUGGACCUGAAGGACCGCACCUCCCGCCUGUUUGAGGAGGAGCCCUGGGCCCCCACCAAGCAGCCAGGCACAAUCCGGCUGGCGGCGGGGAACAUGCCAGAGGUGCACUGGCGGCCCCACGGCGGCGAGGCCGUCGGCUCCGGUGGCGCCGGCCCAGUGGAUGCCCUGGAUCAGCGUGCCCACGGCGCCGCCCCCCCCCUCGACCCUUUCCUCCUGCCCGGAGCGGCCGGCGCCGCGGGACUCACGUCGGCGGGGCUCACCUCCGCAGGGUCUGGAGCCGCCGCGGCCCCCUUGCCCGCCAUCGCCGAUCUGCGACUCGACCUCCCGCGCUCGCUGCGGCUGCCCGCCGCCUCUGCCGCAGCGCGCAGCCGGCACGCCAUCCUGCCCUCCUGGCAGCAGCCGGCGGAGGCGGCGACGCGGGAUGCGGGCCCUGUAUCGACGCAGACCGGGCAGCGGGCCGGCCUGUACCCCGCCCUCCCCGCCGACCUGGCGCAGCUGGACCAGAGCACCGGACCGGGAUCGGGUCCAGACCAACGCCCCCCCGACCCCCUGGCCGACGCCGUCCUGGGACUGGGGCCGCAAGAAGUGGGCGUGGAGUUUGUGGCGGGGCCCACCGCCCCUCCGCGGCCAGGGGAGUCUUGCUGCACCGAGCCGCCGCCGGCGACGCAGACCGUGCCGGCCGUCGGGCCGGCCACCACGGGCGUGGCCGAGGUGGCCAAGCGCCAGAGCGUGCGUGACGUGCACGUCUCCGUGGCCCUCAUGGACGAGUUUCUGAGGUAUGCCACCAGCAACACGCGGCGGGGCAUCGAGUCCUGCGGCAUCCUGGCGGGGACGCUGUCGGUGGAUGACGCGGUGUUCACCAUCACCACCCUGAUCGUGCCCAAGCAGGAGGGGACCAGCGACACCGUCCAGGCGCUGAAUGAGGAGGAGAUCUUCGAGGCCCAAGACUCUCGGGGCCUGUACCCGUUGGGCUGGAUUCACACCCACCCCACCCAGACCUGCUUCCUGUCCUCCAUCGACGUGCACACCCACUGCGGGUACCAGACGAUGCUGGACGAGGCGGUGGCCAUCGUGAUGGCCCCCCGCGACCCCUCCAAGCGCGUCGGCAUCUUCCGCCUCACCACCCCCGGCGGCCUCAAGACGGUGCAGCGCUGCGACCUGCGCGGCUUCCACACCCACCCGCCCACCGCCACAGGCCAGCCCCUGUACGAGUUCUGCAAGCACGUCUACCUGAACCCCCGGGUUGCCUUUGAUGUGGUCGACCUGCGGUGA